CUUUCAGGAAGCGGAAGCAGGAAUGUUGGAGUGUUUUCAGAAAAGUUUGGAUAAGUUUGACAGUUUGGAAGCUUAGACUAAAACCGCGGAGAAACAUGACGGUGUGUUACCUGCUGCUGAUGUUGCUAUAGAGUCGUCAGUCUCCUCUGACUGACUGAUUGACUUCAACCAGACACACAGACAGGCAGAUAUGGAGUGUGGAUCUCUGGCAAUGGACAUCAGCAAUGCUCCAGAUCCUGGAGGGCAGUCAGACUACAAUGUAGCCUGUCUGCGCCGUCAAGCUUGGGCAAAGAGCAAAGAGUCCACCUGGCUAGAAUUGGAAGAAGAGAGACCCCAGCAGAACCAGAGGGACGGGGGAGAGCAAAGACCCUCAGAGGAACCAGGGCAAGUGCCUAACAACAUCGCCAGCUGGCUGAUUAAAUGCAGGACUCCCCUGGGAGCCUCGUUAGAUGAUCAGACUGCUUCUCCCAGCAAAGGAGUUCAGAAGAACGGCUGCAGCUUUGAAGAUGACCUUUCACUGGGAGCUGAAGCCAACCACCUUCAGUCCAGUAACAAUAAAUCUGAAUCCUGCUUUGGUCUUGCGGCGGAUCAGAAGAGGAGUCAGUAUAAAGAGAGAGCAAGAAGUAUGAACUCCACAGGAUCAGGGAAGAGCAGCACUGUGUCCAGUUUUUCAGAGUUGUCGGAGCUGUCAGAGAAGCCCCUGGAGAAGCCCCUGCUUAACCUGCGUCUGUCAGAGCUGCUGGACCUGUAUGAGGAAGACCCUGAGGAAAUCCUCCUAAAUCUUGGUUUUGGUCGAGAAGAACCUGACCUAGCCUCGAAGGUUCCCGCCAGGUUCUUCAACAACUCCUCUAUAGCGAGAGGCAUCGACAUUAAGGUCUACUUGGGAGCUCAGCUGCAGCGCAUGGAAGUGGAGAACCCCAACUACGCUCUGACUAGUCGUUUCCGUCAGAUCGAGGUCUUGACGACAGUAGCUAAUGAGUUCUUCCAGCUCUAUAGUCAAGUUUCUGGUCAGCCGGUCCAACGCAUCAGCUCAAAGGACCAAGGCGGGGGAGAAGAAGGAGAAGGAAAAGAAGCAAACAAGUCUUGUCCUCCGUUGAAGAAGACCAACUCAGCUCUUAACGUUGCUAAACUCCUCAAGAAAACCAUCAGCAAACACAACCUGCUUGCGGCCGCCCCUGAGUCGCCUCAAGCAAACACAAAUAACCAACAACUACAGCUGAACGGACACGCUAACCCUGAUCACGCGCACACCAACGGCCACGCAACCGGCGGUCCAGAGCAGGACGGCAGCAGUACUGACCCUGACCACCAGGCAGACUCGGUCAACCAGAAACACAUGCGCAGGAAAGACUGUUCCCUGGCAACCGUCACCGAGGAGUCCAACGGUGAUGGAGACGACAGUCCUGAACAGAGCAGCCCAAAUCCAGCAGGCAAUGGAGAGCAUGAACCAGAAUCAGCUGACUCUUCUGCAACCAAUCAGAGAACAGAGGAAGGAACCCAGGUGAGCAAAGAAGAGUUGGAGGAGAAGAACCGGACAUCAACCCCAGAGAGAGCUCAUCCCAGCCUGGUCCCGUUCAAGCUGGCCCAGAAGGAAAACACAGACUCUUUCGACAUGGAGGAGAUACAGAGUAACGAAGAUGAGGAUCUGCCACACAGAAUGUCCAGAGCUACCGACCUGUUGAGACAGCAGUCGGACAGCAGUGGUUUUGAGGAGCCCUCUGCCGACUCCAACAUCUACCUCAAGGUGCAGGAGAGCAGUGACAGCUGUGACAGCGAGACCACCGUCACGCCGCUCGCAAUGGACCAACCAGCAUUUGUGAUGCCAGACACACAUGAGGAAGAGGCGGGUCCUGUUGCUGCUGCUGCUGCUGCUGCUGCUGCUGAGACUGAGGCUGAGGCUGAAGGGAGAAGUGUUUCCAGGGAAGAUGAGCAUGAUGGGUUUUUAGAGCAGAUUCUGCAGUACACAGCGCAUCACCUGCCCAAGAACAUAGGAAUGCAGCGGGAUGAGAGCCAGGAGGAGCAAGUUGAGAGUGAACAGCGGAAUGAUUCCCAAUCAGAACCAGAACGGGAGAUUUCACAGAGUAUGCCUAUUGCAGAGCAAGAACCGCAACCAGAGGUUCCAGAGUUGGAACAUACCCCGAAUCAGACAGAGACUGCUUCAGACGCAGAACCACCCACAGAGGGAGCGGUUGCUGAGGAACAGGAAGAGGAAGAGCAAGCAAUCUUGGAGGAUUCUGGUCCACUUUGUUUUCCUCCUCCUCCAUCGUCUCCAGUUCUUAGCGCUCUGUACCGAGCCGAACACAGCCAGCUGUCCCGGGGUGGGCAUGAUUUGACCCAUAUCCCAGGGAGAGGCCGAGGAAGACGUGGUUUCCCCCUGCAGAGGUCCUCCUCCCUGCCUUCUUCACUUCUCUCCCCCACCAGGGUUGUGUCCUCUGUCAGGAUCCAGUUUCGGCGAGGAAAGGCUUCCUGCACGCAGCCCAAGUACUCUUUCAAAUAUUCUCCAGAGGACGAAGGCGACAAGGAAGAGGAAGAUGAGGAGGAUGAGGAGGAGGAGGACAAAGAAGGACACUCUAAGUGCCUGUCUACUCUGAUCAUAAACCCUGCCUCCUCUUCAGACUCUAUCAACAAACUGCAGAAGCUGCCCCCAGAAGCUGCCGUGCCACCCAAACCCAUCCCACGCUACCUGCUGCGCUCAACCUGUUCCCUCCAGAGCAGUAGCCCUCCUCCUGAUUUGUCACCAGUAAGCCAUGGCCACUCCUGGAGCACCCAGAGCGUUCCCGAUCUCUUCUCCAGUCAGCAGCACCCAGGCCAGUUCCAACAGAACAUGAGCACCAACCAAAUCCAGCAAAGUUGGAAUUCAGGCCAGAUGAGGUUUCGCUAUCCUAAUCCUCCAGCUCAUUACGUAAACCCAAGCCCCAAUCCUAGUCCCAGCCCCUACCCCUCCACCGUAAACCCUCCUCCCCAGUACCCCUCCAAUCUCCAUCCGUACGCCAGUCUUCCGAACCUCCUUCAGCACCAAAACUUGCCCCACCAUUCUAGUCUAACCAGUCUCUACCAACCUACAAGUUCCACAAUCCCCCAGCACGGCAGCCUGUCCAACUUGCAUCAGCCCUCAGCUGCUCAGCACGUCAAUAUGAGCAACCUUCAUCCCGGAACACCAGCAAUGCACCAACAGGGCUACAAUCAUCUAUACAGCCACCAGUCGCCUUACAAUGCAUCUCCUCACGGCUUACAGUUUGCCUCACCUUACCUUGGUUACAAUAUGUACAACAUGAACCCACACCUGGCGUACCACAACCCCGUCACACACUGUCCACCGUUUGCCCCAGAACAUGGCCUCCACCCUGGGUUUGCUACUCCUCCUGCAGGCUUUCAUCCAGGUCUGGCCUCUUCCCACGGCUCGGUAAACAGCCUCCACAUGGGGUACAAUCCUCAUGCUGCUUCAGGUCUAGGAGCCAGCCAGGGCCCGUCCAGCACUGAGAUGCAGCUGAGGAGAGUCCUGCAUGACAUCAAAGGGACAGUUCAGAGCCUGAGCCAGACCCGAGUCGGCACUCCUGAUGUGUUCAGUGAGCCCAGAGCGGGUCUGCCCUCCCAAAAGUCUUUGGUAGAGUUUCAGCAGAAGAGGCAGAGCCUGAACUUGUUCCGCAGUCAGAUGAUGGACCUGGAGCUGUCAAUCAUUCGACAGCAGGCCCAGGUCUACAAACACCUGAGCCCUGCUGACAGGAUGGAGGUGGAGCAGCUUCAGUCUCUGAGGUCGGCAGUUAGAGAGGAGCUGCAGGAGCUGGAACAACAGCUGGAGGACAGACUGAUGGAGCUGACACACAGCCCACCCCAACACAGGGGUCUCCAUAGAGGCAGCAGUGUGGACAGUCUGUCAACCGCCUCUGCACUGAGAGCCAUGGAGCCAGUGUCAGACCUUCUGAGAGAGCAGCUUUACCUCCAGUCAGAGCUCAGUGAUGAUGGCCAUGCCCUCUCCACCGCCCCCUCCUCCCGAUCUUCCAGUCCAGUCCGAAAUGGUAGCAGGCAGAAAGGAGGUGUGUAUCGAGCAACUAUUAACAUUAACCCCGUCCCUCCUCCUCGAUCCAUCACACACACUGAGGAAAAGGAGGAGGAGGAGGAGCUGGAGGAGCGAGAGCCGGCCAGAGGAAGAGGAGAAGGAUUACCAGAGGAGGAAGGAGCAGCAGGAGGAGCCAGAGUAGGGAACCUGCAGCAUCUCAUCAGAGAGAUUCGAGAGAGCUUGGCGCAGGAGGUCCGACAGGAGAUCUACAGCGAGCUGCUGGCUGCCGUGUCUCCACGGCGAUCACCCCUGCCCGGAAGUCGACAACCCCUGUAACACGGCAACAGCAGAGCACCACCCCCUUUCACCUUCAGCCUUCGUAACCACGGCAACACUGUCCGUCUGUAACACUGUAUAGCUGAGUAACACUGUUUGUGUGGAGCACUAUGUGCCUGUAACACUGUAUGUCUGUAACACUGAUGAUGAAACAACACCCACCCCACCUGUGGAGCCUCCGACAGGACGCAGAGCGCCACGAGGACGUUUACGUGUCUAUUUUGGUUCGAAUGUGCUGGUGUGAUGCAUGCUGGGAACACCAGCCUGUGAAUCGCCAGCAAAAAGCUGUCGCCUUGUUUCUUCACAUUUCCUUUUUCUAAGCUGUUGUGAUCAAACCUAGGCCUUUUAAGUACUUCCACUGCCAGUAAUACCAUGAGCAAUACAACUUGUACAAAUAACAUAACACUGCCAGUAGCACCACUAAAUUCCCAGUCUUGUGAAUGUCCCCAUCAAGUUAUUUUGCCCCAGAUCCAAGUAUGAUAUGACAUCAGGCUUUCCUUAUGAUAUUAUUAUUAAUAAUAAUAUUAAUAAUAAUAAUGAUUUGGCUGAAUGACUUUUAAUAGCAUCAGAGGGACACACAGGUGAUAGACUUCUGUUAGAAAUACUGUAAGUGCCUUAAUGAGCUUUAAUCUUUCCUUUUAGUUUUGGGUACCAUUCCUUAAUUUUCAAUAACAGUAGUGUUACUUAGCUUUUAUCAUUCAAUGUUACUCAUUCCAUGCACAUUUUACCUUCAGGUAUGUGGCAUACAGAUUUAUAAUCACUGAUCCUACAUUCCUUUAUCUUCAUCAUCGUCAUCAUCAUUGUCAUUGUGCUUCUGUUCCUCUCGCCUCAUUCACAGUUCAUUUUCUCAUGAUUUUCCUGGGCUGUGCCUGGCAUGGCCGUGUAUGACGGUCGGUGAUGAAGGUUGUGUGGGAUGGCCUGAGGUAUUACGGAGCUUAAGCAGGUUUCAGUAAGUUGUCAUGGUGACAGUAAUGAUGAUGAUAAUGAUGUAAUGCCCGAUCAUAAGGAAUUUCAAAAUGUAUUAUUUUGGCAAUCUUGAGCAUCACAACACCAGUGCCAUUGUAUUCAAAGAAUGCCACAUCUCUACUCAGCAACUCACAUCAAAACAAUCUAGAUUGAUAAAUAGCAUUUCUUGUAAGAAGAUAAAUUUGUAUUUGUGAAUAUGUGGUGAAUUAUCCAAUUAGCUGUGUUAGAAUGUUAGCUUCCCACUGUCCAAUUACAAAUCUGUGUGCAAUAAUAUAUAUAUGUAUUGAUUACUGAGUAAAUCAAUGUUAACAUUUCAGGUAAUCCUGCACCAAUUCAACUCUAAACUCAAAAAAUCUGACAGAAAUGAAUCUGUAGUUUGCUGGUUUUAUUGAGAGAAACUCUAGAUUUGACUCUUCUUUGUACAAAAUCCAUUGAUCUGAUUUAUCACUAAACAAUUCAUCACUAAUGACCAAAAAAGACAUCUCCCCGUUGACCCCAUGGGACCGUUUAUGAAAAAUAUGUACAAUAUUCUAAGGCCAGGGACAAAUAACCUUUAGAUCUGUUAAACUUAUGCCAUGAAUUAUACCUAUGAUGUUGUUCAAUUUUAAAAAAUGAUUUUGCAAGUCAACAAGUCACAGCUAUGUUUUAUGUACAAAUGUAAUUCUCCUACAUGAUGUGUUUUGUAUAGCAACUUCUGAUCUUUAUCAGCCGUGAAUCAAAAAAAGCAAGACCUGUUUCCUUUGUGAGUACAUCACGAAAUAUACAUUGCAGCUACAGCAGGAGAGAAAUUUAUGAUAUGAUAGACUUACAAAAAACUCUUGACUAGCAAAUUAGUUGUUAAAAUGUACAAACAUCGUUUUUAUAAUUAAUGGUACCAUUUUUUAAAGUAUUUGUAGUUUAAUAGUCUAGUCCAAAUGAUGUCCCAUGGUCGUCUACCAGAAGGGGCCUGACUUUUCCUCUUAAAUUAACUGUUAAUAUGAUUCCUUCAGCAUUAAGGACAGUGUGUUGUGUAUAUGUUGUCCUUUGCAGGUGUUUUAACCAUCAAAUAUUGAGAUCCUAAAGUAUUGUGAGCAGCUGAGGGGACACAAGCACUCUGCACCCUCCAUAGCUCAGUUUUUUUUAAAUGAGAGGCCUUUCAAUCAGUGCAAACAAGCUCAAUUUAAACAAAGGAAAAAUCUUUGUGGAAUAAUAUUCAAAACAUAUCUGCACAAACUGACAUUAGAUUUGUCAGCCACAUCACACAGUCUAUAUUAUUCAGUCAUCUAAAUCAUUACUAACACACAAUUGACCUUCGAUUCUCUUCAACAUUUAUUGACUUUGUGUUUGUUUAAAAUGUUUCUUUUUUAUGUUCACUGAUCACAAACCUUACUCUGCUGGACCAACACUUGCUGUGAAUUCCCAGGCUCAAAUGUGCUUUUAUUUUAUUUUUGAACUGAUCAAGAAAAUCUUUCGCACACUUCUAAUUUCCCUGCUCUGUCUGUUGGUGUCUAUUAAUUUCUGUUAAUGUCUAAUAAUGAUGAUGUGUAUUUUUUAUUGAUGUCUUUUCAGCGGGAUGCAUGGGAGGUAUCACUCUGUAGAGAUGAGAAUAAUAAAAAUGUAUUUAUUUUCAGUACAAAA